CAAUAGUAUCACUUGUAAUUCAAUACAUAAUUCAACAGCCCCCUCAUUAUAACAGUUUUUAUUAUUUUAAAGUACAUAACAGUUAGGUUAGGUUACAGGUUUUGAGGAAAUUACCUAAAUAAUUAUUUUAAGUGUUAAGAAAAUUGAAUAAUUGUUUUAAGCGCAAUGUGGUUCACUAGGAAACAAGGAAAAUAUAUGAUGAUUAUAUGCAAGAGUAGAUAUAUGUCUACAGUCUAAAUUGUGUAAAAUCUGCUAUAUAAGACGAUUAAAAUUAGGCUAAAAUCGCCCCUAAACAAACAAGUUUACCAUGGCGGAGACAUUUGAUAUUGCCAAAGUUGAAGAAGAUCCCUUUGCAGACGUGAACAAUAUGACUGCCUUUUACGACGAAAUACAAAAAACUUAUGACAUCCUUCAUUACACAGCAUAUUUUACUGACACAAUAAAAUUAAUAAUAUGCAUUCUAUCCAUAGUAGCUGACUUCUGCAUAAUUACAAUCAUUCUAAAGAAUCCAAAACUGAAAACAAUAACCAAUAUAUACAUUCUUCAUUAUUCAAUAUGGCGCAUAGUAUUUAUGUCCUUUUUUCCAAUGUUUUAUGGAUUUUUGGAUCUAGUGGAUUUGGCUGAUAGUAUUCCGAUGAUUGUCUUCUGGAUUUUUGUGGAAAUGAAUGAUUUAUCCAUUGCAGUGAUAUUUCUGUUUGGUUUGUUUCUUGCUUUGGACUGGUUUUUAAAUAUUCACAGUCCAAACUUCGUAAAAUCGUCUGCACUCUUUAACAAAUAUGCUAUAUAUUUAAUUUAUGUAGUUGCCGCUUUAGUUUUUACUCUUGUUCAUUUUGUUGGAAUGGUCAUUCUUGAUGGACUUUAUAUUGUUGUAGCGUUGUCUCUUUCCGUGUUCAACUUUCUAGACUACAGAAAUCCAAAAAACGAAAAUAACCUCAAAAAUUAUGGACUGGUACCUUCAAAUAUCAUUAUAUUCUUUUGGUUACCUAUUUUUGCAUUCGAACACUUUCUGACCUGGUCCUAUGGACAUGUAACUUUGUACAGUAUAUUGAUAUUUACAAUAUUUUUAGCUGAAUGGUUUUCUCUCAGUAUGUCUUUAGUUUUAUUUAUAACUUUAAUUAAGAUGGAUAGAAAUAUAGAAAUCGCGAUGCAUAACAUAUUUAAUCGAAGAAAUAGAAGAUCCAGGGAUGACGUGGAGAUCCUUGAAGAAGCUGAAAUUGAAGACGUUCCAAAUAGUGUUGCUACUGAGAGUAAUAGCGUAUAUGUAUAAAAGAUUUUUUUAUUCUUAUGUUGUAAAAUAUAAACUUAUUUUGUUGUA